GCACUUCACAAGUCAUCUAGCUGAAGGAGGAAACCCGUUGAACUGGCUCUUCUCAGGAGUAAUUGUUUUUUGGAGUUUGCUACUUGAGCCUAUUAAAGAUGAACGAAAAAAAAUUGGAAAUAACUCCACAGCAGCGGAAACUUCCUGAAUGGAUGUCUAUGCAGAAUGAAAGAUGUCCUGUAGAAAAAAGAAAGGCAUCUAUUCAGAAGAGUGUUUUUGAAGAUGACCUCCCUUUCUUAGAGUUCACUGGAUCCAUUGUUUAUAGUUAUGAAGCUAGUGAUUGCUCUUUUCUAUCAGAAGAUAUUAGCAUGAGUCUGUCUGUUGGAGACGUGGUAGGAUUUGACAUGGAGUGGCCACCAGUGUACACCCCAGGGAAGCAGGGCAGAGUUGCACUGAUUCAGUUAUGUGUGUCAGAGAGCAAAUGUUACUUGUUUCAUAUUUCUUCUAUGUCAGUUUUUCCUCAGGGAUUAAAAAUGUUGCUUGAAAAUGAAGCAAUUAAAAAAGCAGGUGUAGGAAUCCAAGGAGAUCAGUGGAAACUUCUAAAGGACUUUGACAUCAAAUUGAAGAGUUUUGUGGAGCUGACAGAUGUUGCUAAUGAAAAGCUGAAAUGUAAAGAGACCUGGAGCCUCAAUGGUUUGGUUAAACACCUCUUCGGCAAACAGCUUCUGAAAGACAGAUCUAUCUGCUGUAGCAAUUGGAGUAAUUUUCCUCUUACUGAGGAUCAGAGACUAUAUGCAGCCACUGAUGCGUAUGCUGGUCUCAUCAUUUAUCAAAAAUUAGAGAAUUUAAGGGAUGCUGUGCAAAUGUUUGCUAUAAAAAAAGAAGAAGAAAUGCUACCCAGUGAUGUGAAGAAACAAUUGACUUCAAUAUCUGAGGAAAUGAUGGAUCUGGCUAAGCGUCUUCCUGACACUGUGCAAAAAUUGGAAGAUCCACAGAGGAUUUCUACACUAUUAAAUGACAUUUCAGAAAAUCUGUAUUCACUGAGGAAGAUGAUAUUUGGUUCAACCGAAACUGAACUGAGGCCCAGCACUAAUUUUCACUUAUCACCAAUGGAAGAUUCAGCUGCUGAUGAAGCACAACAGAAACAAUUUGGAGAACAUAGAAUUUUUACUGAAGUUAAAGAUGAGACAUGGGACACAACGCUUGAUUAUUUAAUUAAACACGAUGAGGAAAAUGUACUUGGAAAUGAAGUAAAACAGAGAGAAGAUGGGCUUGAAGAAGGAAAAGAAGAAGACGAUAAGUUGAGAGAGAACACAGAAAGAAUUUGUUGGAAGUCAUUAGAUAUUACAGAAUAUGAACUACAGAUUUUGGAGCAGCAGGCUCAGGAAAAAGUUCUUAAUGAAGUUACUUGCAGAUCUCCUGAGGAUUUAUCUUCCAAGGAUAAUGAAGAGGAUCUGUCUUACGUAAUUGAAAGUGAUGAAGAUUUAGAACUAGAGAUGAUUAAGUCUUUAGAAAAUCUAAAUAGUGGCACGGCAGAUCCAAUUCAUUCAAAAGGCAUAAAAAUGGAAAGAAAUCUGGAUGUUCCUUCUGAAGAUGAAGAUGAGCUUGAAACUAUUGAAGAAGAAGAAGAUGAUGAUGAAGACCAUUCAUUACCAGGACCUAAUGCAACGCAAAUUAAUUUCCUCAAGAAGUACUUUGGCCAUUCCAGUUUUAAGCCGGUUCAGUGGAAGGUGAUUCAUUCUGUACUAGAAGAAAGAAGAGAUAAUGUUGUUGUGAUGGCAACUGGGUAUGGAAAGAGUCUGUGCUUCCAGUACCCGCCCGUGUAUGCCGGCAAGAUUGGCCUUGUCAUCUCUCCUCUUAUUUCUCUGAUGGAAGACCAAGUGCUCCAGCUUAAAAUGUCCAACAUUCCAGCUUGUUUUCUGGGAUCAGCACAGUCAAAAAAUGUUCUAGAGGAUGUUAAAUUAGGCAAAUAUUGGAUUGUGUAUUUAACUCCAGAAUUCUGUUCAGGUAACUUGAGCCUCCUCCAGCACCUUGAGGCUAAUAUUGGUAUCACACUCAUUGCUGUGGAUGAGGCUCACUGUGUUUCUGAAUGGGGACAUGAUUUCAGAAAUUCAUUCAGGACUUUGGGCUCCCUAAAGGAAGCACUCCCCAUGGUUCCAAUUGUUGCAGCCACGGCUACUGCGAGUUCUUCAAUCCGAGAAGACAUUAUACAAUGCUUAAAACUGAAGGAUCCUCAGAUUACUUGUACUGGUUUUGAUCGACCAAACUUGUAUUUAGAAGUUGGACGAAAAACAGGAAACAUACUUCAGGAUCUAAAGCAAUUUGUUGUCCAAAAGACAAGUUCCACCUGGGAAUUUGAAGGUCCAACUAUCAUCUAUUGUCCUUCCAGAAAAAUGACGGAAGAAGUUUCGGCUGUACUUAGGAAAGUGAAGCUAGCCUGUGGAACAUACCAUGCAGGCAUGGGUAUUAGUGCAAGGAGAGAGGUUCAUCAAAGGUUCAUGAGAGAUGAAAUUCAGUGUGUCGUGGCUACCAUAGCUUUUGGCAUGGGCAUUAAUAAAGCUGACAUUCGCAAGGUCAUUCAUUAUGGCGCUCCUAAGGAAAUGGAAUCCUAUUAUCAGGAGAUUGGGAGAGCUGGCCGUGAUGGACUUCAAAGUUCUUGUCAUGUUCUCUGGGCUCCAGUAGACCUUCACCUAAAUAGAAACCUCCUUAAUCAGAUACCCAAUGAAAAGUUUCGAUUAUACAAACUAAAGAUGGUUGCAAAGAUGGAAAACUAUCUUCUUUCCAGAAGAUGUAGACGACAAAUCAUCUUGUCUCAUUUUGAAGACAAACAACUACGAAAGGCCUCCAUGGGUAUUAUGGAAACUGAAAAAUGCUGUGAUAAUUGCAGGUCCAGACUGGGUCAUUGCUUCUCCAUUGACGACUCCGACGGUACACCGCAGGACUUUGGUCCACUGGCAUUCCAGCUCUUAUCUGCUGUGAACAUCUUAGGAGAAAAGUUUGGAAUUCGGCUUCCGAUUUUAUUUCUCCGAGGAUCUAAUUCCCAGCGUCUUACAGAUCAGUAUCGCAGACAUGCUUUAUUUGGCACUGGCAAGGAUCACACAGAGAGUUGGUGGAAGGCUUUGUCCCGUCAGCUCAUGACUGAGGGAUUCUUGAUAGAAACUUUUGGUUCUACCAAAUUUGUACGGAUUUGCACUCUUACAAAAAAGGGUAGAGAUUGGCUUAAUAAAGCCCAAACAGAAUUUCCUAGGAAACUUAUCCUUCAAACUAAUGAAGAAUUACGUCUGACAGAGUUUCCUCAACCAAGUUCUAAAACUGUAUCACUUGGCAUGGAACAGUGUUCCUAUACUCAAGAACCAACUGAAUUAACUGCAGAGAGGAAGUCUAACUUGGAGAAGAUGUAUUCUUACAAAGCAUCUGAUAAAAUUUCUUCUGGGAAUAACAUUCCUAAAAGAAGCAUCAUGGUACAUUCACCAAGAAAAUCUUACAAGUUCUCAGAACCUGUUAUUUCAGCUCAAGAGCAGGAGACUCAGACGAUGCUGUAUAGGAAAUUGAUGGAAGCUAGGCAGGAACAUGCCAAUCAAAAGGAUGUUCCUCCUGCUAUUCUGGCAACAAAUAAGACACUGCUGGAUAUGGCCAAAAUAAGACCUACUACAGUUGAAAAUAUGAAAAGGAUCGAUGGUGUUUCUGAAGGCAAAGCUCUUAUGUUGGCCCCUCUGUUGGAAGUCAUCAAACAUUUCUGCCAAGCAAAUAACAUUCAGACAGACCUCUUUCCAAAUAUAAAACCUCAGGAAAAACAAACCAACAGUAUGAUGGCGAAAAAUGCAGUAUGCUCCCUUUCACAGUCGAUGGCCAUCACAUAUUCUUUAUUCCAAGAAAAGAAGAUGUCUUUGAUCAGGAUAGCUGAGAGCAGGACCCUGCCUCUCACAGAAGUUGGCAUGCACUUAUCCCAAGCGGUGAAAGCCGGCUGCCCACUGGAUAUGGAGCGAGCAGGCCUGACUCCAGAGGUUCGGAAGAGUAUUACUGAUGUUAUCCGAAACCCUCCCGUCAACUCAGAUAUAAAUAAAAUUAAACUUAUUAGAGCAUUGGUUCCUAAAAACAUUGACACAUACCUUAUCCAUAUGGCAAUUGAGAUCCUGGAAAAAGAUGGUGACAACAGACGGUCACACCAGCUUUCCUGCGAUUCCACUAGAAAGAGAUGUUUCCCCAACUCUGAAGAGAGCUGUUCAAGUUCUAAGAGAAGCGCUGAAGAAACUUCAUCUGUUAUCUCAAAGAGAAAAUUACCUGAGUGGUUUGCCAAUGACGAUGAGACUUUAACUGAUACCAGCAAGCAAUCAAUGGCCAAAACAAAAAAGAGAGGUCUUUUUAGUUAAGUUGGCAGUUGCCAGAGGAAUUAUAUGUGUCUUGCUGUGUUAUAAGAGGGGAUCUUGUUUCAUUCCUGAAAAUAGUGGGGACCACUAUUUCAGUUUAAAAAUUAUUCUGAUCUCUAAAGUAAAACUCACCUAUCUGUUGAA